AUGGCGGGACUAGUCGGUCGAACAAUUUGUAGCCGUCGUUUAGUCGGAAAAAUUCGUUACUUGCACACGAGCAGAAAACAUUUUGACCAGUAUAAAUGCGUGGCUGUUAAUGAAGUAGAAUCCUUUGUAGAGCGAUGUAUGAGCGCAGUGGGAACACCUUUAGAACAUUGCAAAGCUUUGGCGCAAGUUCUUGUUGCCGGCGACGCGAGAGGUCAUUUCAGCCAUGGGCUCAAUAGACUAGGUGAGUUCUGGUCAGAGUGGAUGUAUUUGCAAUUAGAGAGGAAUAAGAAAUGGUUAAAUUAAGCCAGAUCAUAUUCGUGCACAUUUGAUUAAAUUGUGCACGAGCCAUAGGCAUGUUUGCAUUGCGUGCAGACAUAAUCCCACUUUUAACGACAAUAGAGACCCGUCGGUAUCAAUUGCUAGUUUGAAAACCACGCAACAUAGUUAUGCAGCAUUAGAAUUAAGAUUAAUAAGAAUUAAAGGGUCGGUUAUAGCAGAUAAAAGUUUAUUUAUUUCAUUUUUUUAAAUUUAUUUUGAACUAGUAAUCCAACUGCAGUAUCUAUAUUUUUUAAGUUGUGACCUUUUUAUGGACACUCAAAAAUUAUCCAGUGUCAUUGACCGGACUUUGUGCAAAACGGAAACUCCCUUCCUAUUAGGCUCUAUGAUUAGAUGAGUGGAGACAUCUUUCUUUCCAAAAAUUUUUGGAGAGAAGUUAGAAGAGAGCUUACCUGCAGGUACCUUGUUGUGAAAAAAAAAUUUAAAUGCCCUCUCUAUUAGGAAACCAUCCCAACCUAGAAAUGGAUAAAAAGGCUAUUGAAUACAGAGUUGAAUAAAAUUAUUGGCUUUUUUUGUUGUUUUUUCGAGGCAGAAAUAAUAUAAAAAAUUUCCACAAAUAUAGCCUUAAGAACCAACACCCUAGGGGUGUUAACAUCAGCAUCAGAAAUUGGAAAUUCUCCAGCCAAUAUGCAGAAUUCUCCUCCUUAAAUUUGAUGACUAAUGCUUUUCUUUUAUUCAGAUAUGUAGAAUAUUCACCUGUUAUGUCACACUUUUCUCCUUCAAAUACACUUUUUUUUUGUCUUUGUUGAUUAAAAGAAAAUGCUGCAAAUUCUUCUUUCCACCCAUAAUUUCAUAGCACAGCACAAUGUUAGGAAAGCCACUUAAAUAGCCAGUGUAAUAUCAGCUGGUAUGAUCUAGGAAAACUGGGUGUGGUAAACAUUGUAAAGGAUGGCUGGUAAGCCUGUGGAAAAUUUAUGUGGAAGGGCAAAUCUUGUCUCUUUUAACUUAUUUUUAAUGAUUAGAACAAAUUCACAACUUUAAAAUAUUUCUGGUGGAAACAUAACGGAAUCACACCCAUUGAAAAACGUCGCAUGGGAAAAUGCAAAUAAGCUAGAAAAUAGAAAGAGAGUAUGCAUAACCUCAUUCAGGCCUGUCAAUUGGACUGUCAAUCAUGUAAUCCCCUGUGUAUGCCGUGUUCACAAGUAUUGUUUCUUGCUCAGACAACCGAAACGUAGCACUAUUCAUCAAAGAAGAAUAGGUGCAAUUAGUAGCGUUAUCUUGACAUGGCUACAUUGUUUAAAAAUCGGUCAGAUGUAAAAAUUGCAUUACCAUUUAAAUGUUGGGUUUUUAAUUUGUGUUAAGACUGAAAUGUGGCAGAUUUACAAGGUUCGACCAUCAAUUUCGCCAUGAAAGCAAAACAACAGUACAGAAAUAUUCCUCUUUAACCUGUUAUUGCCAUCAGUUUUGGAUAACAUGUCGGUAAAGUCUAUUUACUUUUCGAAAAGCUUAAGUAUAUGUUGUAAAUUCCCGCUCCACAUAAGUACAUGUUCAGUUCCAACUCAGUUUUAUCAUAACACCAUUUCAUUUCAUUUCAUCACUUUCAAACAAUACUAAUUGCUCCAAUUGUGUCUCCAUUGUCUCUAAACAGACACAAAGCAAAAUUUUACAACUCCCGUUUGAGAAUUUGUCAAUUCAGAUCUUAGGAGACCGAAGCUGGCGGUGAGCUUUUGCAACCUCAUUCCCAGGUCAUUGCACCCACAAAGCAUCAUGGGUACCCCACUUUUCCUGAGCGACGCUUUUCAAUGGGCGCGAUUCUGUAAUGAACUUAUGGAUAGGAAGGUUGAGGAAUGCCUCUUGUGUUUUAUGGCAGCUGAAACUGGGUACAUGUUUUUCUUUUACAAUCUCUUCUGAUAUUAUCUCUCUGCUCUGAUUGACUGCCAAGAAUAAUUAAGUUGUAAUUAUUACCUUUUUGAUGGAAGAGUGCUCUCAAACAAUCAAUUUUUCAGUUGUAUACACAGUUGUAUACACAGUUUAUUUAACAACUGGCAGUAAUGCUGUUGCAUUUAAUUUUCUCAUUUAAUUUUAGAAAUGUAUGUCCAUGAUAUAAAUGUGGGCUCCACAGUUAUAAAUGGAGAUCCUGAAAUUGUCAGAGAAACCAGUGCUACAGCACUUGUUGAGGGAAACAAUCUUCUUGGGCCAGUAAGUGUGCUUUAAAAUUUUUACUCUGUUUUUAUCCUUUGACCCCAAAGUGGCCAAUAUCAAUAUAUAUUACUUCACUGAAUUCUGACCCAGAAGUAAACAUUCUAGCUGUAUAUUACCCCAAUAGGUGAAUGUCAUUGUUUUUGUUUAUCUUUUUGGCUCUCUGAAAAGCCAGGCACAAGUUAAAUUCCCAUGUGCACUUUUAAUUGCACAUAAUGCUCUGAAUCGCUUUCCUUUGAUCAAAAAGGACUGUUUUUUAAAUUCAUCUUUGCAGUAUCAAAGGAAUGGUGUGGAGAAGACUUUAACACAUAUGUACUGGUGUGAGGAUUUUUCAACUUGAAGAGAAAUUUUAUAUCUCCAGGCAGCUGUGUAAUAUUCCUUUUAUUAUACAAAUGUCAAUGAAAUACUAAAUCAUUUCACAAGGAGCAAUUUUUAUAUGUAACAUAGCAACAGUGGUCUUUCAUGUGUGCAGAUAACAUGUUAUCUUCAUGAAUGAAGAUGUGAUGUUUUGUGUGCAGGCUCACUUAAUUGGUACUUCAUUACUGUUUAUAUAUUGAAAAGAAAUCUUGAAUUUGAAAUCUCCGUAUCUGCUUUAUUUUACAUAACAGGUUGUCGGAAACUUUUGUAAUGAUUUAGCCAUGAAGAAAGCUCAAGAGACAGGAAUUGGCUGGGUUGCUUGCAAAGGUUAGGAGACUAACUAGCUUUUUUAAUUAUUAAUAUGUCAAUUGCAUUAUGAUCCAUUUUUGUGUCUAAUUUCAGUCUGUCACACCUGUUUUUAAUGUCAAUAUGAGGGGUAAAUUUCUUAAAAGGAUUUAAACUAGUACCAGACAACUGUCCAAAAAAUAUGACCAAUUACUGUCAUGGUUUAGUCAUUUGGCUAACGAUUGUUGUGCAAUGGAAUCAGCAAUAAUCAUGAUACUAACUUGACUUUUGCUAUUAAUAGGAAGGGUACAGCUUAGUGAACUUGAUGUGUUGCUUUUGUUGGAUAGUUCAUUGGUACUCAUUUUGCAGAGAAAUUAAUUAAUAUUUUGUCACUAUUGCAGGUUCUAACCAUUACGGUAUUGCUGGUUGGUAUACAAUAAAAGCAGUGGAGAAAGGACUUAUUGUAAGUAAAUUGUGAUUCUCUCUCAUUUUGCAGUCAUUAAUUGCCAACAAAGCUGAAUCUUGAUUUUAUGAUUGUCUUUUUGUGUGAUCCAUUUUGGAUUUUAAUGGUGUGGUGGAACUGAAAAAUUAGCUUCACACUUCAACUCCUAGAAGGGAUUAACAUGUAACUUCUUCAUAUGAUACCUGUACAGUGUCUAGCAAACAAGUAAUGAGAAUACUCAAACUUAUCAGGUAGAAGUUGUUAUCUUAAACUUACACCAAAUUCUUGUAAUAAUUUACAUUAAGGAAAUGUACAGCAGUUGGAGGGAGAAUUAACAAUCAGAUCUUGGGAUUUGAAAGGUUAAAUGUGAAGUCUUGGCCUGUACAUAGAUUUUGUCCUAUUUUAUAUUUGUUUUCCUAGGGGAUGAGUUUUACCAACACAUCACCAUUGGUUGUACCCACAAGAGCACGUGAGGUACAAAGGCUUUUUCAUUUUUUUUUUGUGUGUGUUUUAAGUUAAGCUAGAUUCUGCAUCUAGCUAUUGUUAGCUUGCUGGACUAGUGGUUCCUGACAAGGGUAAUCAUGCUUAGCUUUUGGGAAAGACUUUUUAUUCUCUUACUGUCCCUUGGCAUCCACAAGUUGAAAUGGGUGCCCAUGAUCUGCAGGAGAAGCCUAAUAGAAUUAUUGGAGAGUGCAUGGGGGUGUAAUGUCUUUUAAAAAACAGAAUUGUUUCAGCCAGUGCCAAAUGACCAUGGAACACAAAUUCCAAUGUGGCAACCUUUCACUGAAAAUAUUAUUGAACUAUUUGUUACAGUGACUCAAAUGGUCACAGCUUGGAGUACCGCUUGGAAACAGAAAGACCUGUGACAGAAUUCAACUUAUACUUGAAAAAUCUUUAAAUGUGCAUUUUUCAGGUUACUUUGGGAACCAACCCUUUGUCAGUAGCUGCACCAGCUAAAAAUGGUGACAGCUUUGUUCUUGACAUGGCAACAAGUGCAGUGGCUCUUGGAAAGGUGAGACCACAAGAUAAAUUGCGAUAAUCGUGAGAUAAGAGUUAGGAUUGUUUACUUAAUUUAAGUAGUUAGAAAUUUAGUCAUUAACUGAUCAUUUUUGAUAUCCUGAACAAUUUUUUUUUGCUUUUUUCUAAUACUUUCUCUGCAUAUUAGCAUGUACUGCAAGGGGCCUACUCAGCCUCAGUAAGCUGAGUUGAAAUUAAGUUACUUCCUUACUUGCUUAUCAGAGCUCAGGAAUUAAACUGCCUAGAUCAAAAGAUGGCUGAGGUUUUCUUUUAUGAUGAGCACAAAUAUAUUUUCAUUAGAAAAAUAGUCGAUUGUUUAAUUUGUUUGAUAAUUUUUUUUUUUUUUGACAAACUAUAAUGGAUAAUGUUAAAAACAGUCACUUACUGGUAGUCCAAAAAAAGAGUUUUCAGAAUUAUUACCGCAUUCUAUACAAAACAAUUACAUUUGUAAAUGCCAAUGGUGUUCGACUGGUCUGUUGUUUUAGAUAGAAAUGGCAGAUCGAAAGGGAGUUGAAAUACCACAUGGAUGGGCAGUGGAUUCAAAAGGAUUGGUAAGAAGACUAAUAAUUCAAAUUUCAGAAGCAAAACUUCCAGUAAAUAUUCUCUAUAGAUAUUUGAGAUAUUUUAAGUUAGAGUUUGAGCUUGAUGAAAUUUUCAGCUCUUUUAAGUGAAAUUUUUAUGGUAACUUUUGUAAAGUUAUGUUGCAAUCUUUACCAAAAUUACUUGUUACUGUAAUUGGAUUUUUCUGUCUAACAAAUGAGGUUAUUUGACCUCGAAAUGACAUUAUAUGAUAUGCUGAAUUAUUCUUGCAUUUUCAUUUUUCUUACUUAUGAUCUUUUGGAGGAAAGAUGCAUAUAUGGUGUCACCAUUAACAAUAUUUUGCUCUUUUAUCUUAUAAAGCAAACUGAUUCCAUGUUGCCAUGGGUCUGUUCAGUAAUAAUAAAUCACAGAAGACAUCAAAAUGUGUAAGAACAUUUGUGACACACUCAGUUGUGCCUUGUGUACUUUUUUUUUUUUUCUGACCACAUUUUGACAUCAUCUGUAGUCUGUUACUGAACACAUGCAUGGCAACAUGGAAUCUACUUGUUUUCUACCUGAUAACUUUUUUUUUCAUCAUAGGAAACUGUUAAUCCUGAAAAAGUUUUAUCAGGAGGAGGACAGCUGCCACUUGGUGGAACAGAAAUAACAAGUACGAUAACAUAAUUAACAGCCUAAUUUUACUCUUCUGGUGUAUGAGAAGCCCUUGUUGAAUUUAACUAAGCAUGUCCUAGGGAGGAAACUAUGCUUUUCCUAUUUUGUGGUGGGUAAUUGGAGGAAAUGACUGAUUGUAUGACUUAACCCUUUAUCUCCCAUGAGUGACCAAGACAGAAUUUCUCCUUACAAUACCAAUACAAUAUCAACCAGAUAAGUGAUGAGAAUAAAGAAAAAUAUCAAUUUGGGGAUAAUUAGUUGAUCCAGUACUAAAUUCUCUGAACUAACAUUGUAAGAAUUGUAUGGUUGACAGUAAGGAGAAUUACUAAUUUGAUGCGGGAGGUAAUGAGUUAAAUCCCAACUCUGAUUGUAAUUCUCCCCUCUAGAUGCUACACAUUUCCUUGUUACUUAGUUACUAGAAUUUUGUGUUAGAUCAAGAUAACAACUUCUACCUGAUAAGUUUGAAUAUUCUCAUUACCUGUUUGCUGGAUAAUGUAUGGAUAUUACAGAGAGAAGUUACAUGUUAAUCACUUCUGGAAAUUAUACUUUGUAUUAAAUCACCCUAUGCUAGAUUUACUCCCUUUUACCCUGUCUUAUUUGCUUUCCAAUUGCUAAUUAAAAUUAUUAAUGGCAGAUCUUUGGAUUUUCAGCUAAAAUUUGUGGUAAUUUUGUAAUGACAGUUUAUCUCAUUCUUGGGUACUUUUGGGUGGUUAAUUUUUUAUUGCUGGAACUGCAGCUGAUCCCAAUGUGAUCAUUAUUAUCAUCAUGUCUGCUAAUCAGGGCAAACAAUACUCCUUAGUGGUGAGUGCAGGAUGAAAGGGCCCCAGACACUUUUAGAUGAGGUGCAGAUUUUACCCAAUUGAUUUUCCCAUAAAUUGCGACUUACUAAUAAGCUUUCACUUAUUCUUGAUUGGUAAGAAACCAUCACCCAUCUUUAUGAUUAUGUGUUAAAAGGCUGAAUAUUAUUAUUUUAUUUUUCGGCAUUGAAUUUUGCAAAGUGAUAUAGGGAAAGUACUCAUGGCUCUCUCAUGUGGGUGUUGUUGAUUGCAGGUGGUUUCAAAGGAUAUGGUUUAGCAAUGAUGGUUGAGGUGGUUUGUGGCAUCCUGGCAGAUGCUGCAUUUGGUCCCAAUGUAAGAAAGUGGAAGGGUGAUGACAGGGUGGCUAAUUUAGUAAGUACUGGUGCUUUCUCUACUUUUACUACUUAUGUUGUUUUGUGAAAAGACAAAUGACAUUGUAUUUAUAUACUACCAAGGAAAGGUCUUUGGGAGGGUGCUAGAUUUUAUAAGCAAAGAUGGUUUCAAUGCAUCUUAAAAAGAGGCCCUUACUGUAUAUGAAUUGUAAAAUUCAAAAAAGGCAAGGCUCCAUUUUUGUCAAGUUUACCUGGAAUGAUUAACCUGGGUCCAGUUGUUGUCAAGGAAAUGUGCUGCGCUAUCCACCAGAUUGAAUUUUUGUGGUGGUUAGCAUUAUCCAACCUUUGAACAAUUGGACAUUCACAUACCUUUUUGUGUUCACCUUCAACCUUUUUAGGUUAAUUCUUCCUUAAUCAUAUUGAACCCCAAUAUUGGGUUUGCUAAGCCAUGGUAUUUUCCACAUGUUCAUGUAUUUAAGCACAGUAACUAUAACACAUGAUUUAAAAAGCCAAACUUUAAUAUACACUACUAAAUCCUAAAGCUACAAUUGACCAACAUGCAUGCAGCUUGACUAUUUAAAUUUCUGCUCUGGGACAUGACAAACCCUUUCCCUUAAAAUUCCCUAUUGUUCUAUUUUUUUUCCUGUUCAUUAACACAGAUUAUAACACAUGAUUGGCAAACAAGGUUAUGCCUGUCAAAUACCUAAAAUAGACUUUUUAUGGGCUGAGUAAAUUCCUGUCAAGUGCUAAACCUUUUUUCCUUCUCAGCUACCUGUAAUUAAUCUCUUUUUAACUUCAAUAUGUCUACUAAUUAUUUGAAUUGAUGUUACAUUCAGGGUCAGUGUUUUGUUGCUGUUGAUCCUAAAGCAUUUUCUGAAGGGUUUGAGGACCGCAUGCAGUCACUUAUGGAUCACUGCAGAAAUCUGCAACCGGUAAAACCUUUUUAUUUAGCUUGUCAUGCUAAAAAAUGCACCCAACUCUGGUUUUACUGAUAUUGCAGUUUAACUUAUGAAAGCCUGUCAAGUGCUGUGCCUGACCCUUUUCUAUGGCUCUGUAUGAUAUCUUAAGGCCUCACCCCUCUUGUUCAACAUCUUGAGUUGUUCAACCUUCUUAAUUUUGACAACGUACAUUGGCUCGUGUCUCCCUAAUUGUGUAGUGUUGGUAAUUAACCCUUUAACUCCCAGAUCGAAUUUGUAAUUCUCUUUACUGUCAACUUACAAUUCUUAUAAUGUUUAUUCAGAGAAUUUAGUAUUGGAUCAACUAAUUAUCCCCAAAUUGAUAUUUUUCUUUAUUCUUGUCAAUUAUCUGGUUGAUAUUGUAUUGAUAUUGUAAGGAGAAAUUCUAUCUUAAUUAAUUCUUCUGGGUUUAGUUGUUCAAAUGGUGGAUAAUGCUAUCCAUUGGAUAAAUCACUGUGCUGUGGAGAGGAGUUAACAAAUGAAAACUGUGCUAUCCACAGGAGAGAUUUAUCCAGUGGACUGCAUUGUCCACCUUAGCACCACUGGAACCAGGCCAGCUUACCAAUCACCCAGUCAUUCUGUCAGAUCAGCCAGUGAGCCUGUCAGCUGGUUUGAUCUUAAGUCAGUUGCCCAUUUUUCUUUUGCAAAUCCCUCAGUCUCUGUACUGGUUGCAUAUUGCACAAGUCUUUCUUAAUAUGUGAUGAUAUCUAAGACCAUGGCACUUGAUGAUUUUGCCAGCUGAGGAAGCUCUUUUAAGGAAACAGUUAUUGCCUCUUAAAGGUCCACACCCUGAGAGAGAAAAAAAUUUUGUUCAAUAUUGACUGCAGCAUUAUAAUUCCACAGGCAGAGGGUGAGACCACUGUGCUUGUAGCAGGAGACCCAGAGAGGGCCCACAUACAAAAAGUGAAAGAAGAUGGUGGUAUUCACUAUCAUGUUAAUUUGCUGGAAGCUAUGGUAUGUUAGCAUAGAUAUGCCUGGUAAAAUAUUUUGAUCAAUUAAUGAAAUGCGGGCAUUGCAAAGUAAUGAACUACUCAUUUUUUCGUCUUGGUGAAAUCCCAGAAUUCUUCCCAUAUCAAAAUAACUACCAGUAUAUCUUUACUCUGUCCAGUAGAUAUACUGCACCAUUCAGAUCUUUAAAUAAGGAGAUAAAAAUUUCAUUGUGGUAACUAGGUUUAUCAGUGUGACAGUUUUUCUUUUCAAAAAUUUUCUUUUUAAAAAAAAAAUUAUAGACAUUACUAAGGUCAAUUUCAGCUAUCCUGUUAUCAGCUCUCAAAGAUAAAAUUGUUAUCCAUGCACUGCAAUAUUGUUAUCCAUGCACUGCAAUGUUGUAUCCCCCAUCAGUAACACAGACCCUCUUUUCUCUCCUUUAACCCUUCCAAUUCCAAGAUCUGAAAGUGAAUUCUCCCCUCCAGCUGCCUUGCAUUUCCUUGUAAAUUAUUGACAAGAAUUUAGUGAUAGAUCAGAGUAAUAAAUUCUUCCUGAUAAGUUUGAGUAUCCUCAUUACCUUUUUGCUGGACAAUGUACAGAUAUUAAAGGGAGAAGUUACAUGUUAAUCACCUCUGGGAGUUGAAAGGUUAACUCUAAUACCUCAGGUGAUUAAAAUGUUACUUCUCCACACAAUUUCAUUACAUCAUCUAGGAAGCUGGUGAUGAGAAAAAGACAAACAUGGUAAAGGGGAUAUAAACUUUCUUUUUUUAAUGACACCAAGUCUUCUUACUAUCAUGAUAAAGCAGCACAUAGCAGCUAGAUGGGAGAGCUACAAAGUAGAUCAUAAGAGCUAAAGAAUGAAAUGUUUAAAUUAUGAAUACAUGUAGUAAUAUUAAAUUGCUUUAUUUCUUUCUCUCCUUUUUAUUCUAGGACAAGCUUGCCAACCAACUAGGUGUGCCAUGCAUGCCAACAAAGUAAUACCACUCACACAUACAUGACAUUACUCUUGUCUUAAAGAAAAGAUAUUUUACCAAUGACUUAUAUGUAUGCGCCAAAGGAUCAACUUAUUUUUAGACAAAGUAUUUAACCAUCACAAAACAUACUCAAGAGCUAAAGUGCCACUUUAAGUAAGGGGCACCAAAGAGAGGAAAUUACUGUACCUACCAAAAAGGGAAAUUAGGACUAAAUUAGUGUUUUAUUACAAAUUUUUCUUUGUGCUUAGCUCAUUUUUCUCACAGAACUUGGCUUGUAUGCCAGGCCUGUGAUAAUGCCACUGUGUUAUUGGUUCUGGUACUUGCUGAGUUAUCAUAUGAUUUACAAUACAUCAGCAGUACCAUUACACUAUUUCAAAAUCAAUGAUUUGGUGCAGAAAUAUUCACCAAUAAUGUGAUUUGAGUGAAUGUCUUUAGAUGGCAACAGUGAAUGACAUCUUGACAAUCUGAGUCAAAAGUUACAGUCAUUGUUAAGUCUGAUGAUAUGACUGCAAAGUGACAGUCAAAUGAUACUAAUUGUUGAUACUAAACCCAAAAGUACAUUUUUCUAUCCACUUAACAUUUACAAUUAACUAACAAAUGCACUCACAAAAUGAUAAAAGGGACACACCUUAACAAAAAUCAACAUAGUAAAACUAUGGUUGUAGAGAACCUUUGUGUCCAACAAAUGUCACAGGUUUUGGGCCGAUAUGUGAAAAAAACUACACAAUUUUGUAUUUUAGGGUGCUUAAACAGAGAUCAAAACCAAUAUAUAGCAAGGAGGGUUCCAAAAGUGGCAGUUAAACCCCCCCCCCCUUCCCAACUAGUAGCUUUGUAGAUAAAAAGUUCUCAUGUACAAUACCCAAACAACCUGACAUGUCCCCAAAUGGUGGUGAGACACUAGUAUGGGACUGCCACCCCUUAGUUUUGUUAAGAAAAGUGAUAUUUGUUGAGUGAAACAACCUGCCAUGCCCCAAAAUGUCAGUAAAAUACUAGCACUUGUGUAGGAAAGCAAUCUGAAAUACUCCAUAAUGUCAGUAAGACUCAAAUGCAAAACAACACUCACCACCCCCCUUCCCCCCCUUUCUUAUCACCCUUGUUAGGAUGAAUCGAUCAUCUCUCAUGGUGAAGCAUCUAACAGGUCCCCAAAGGUCGGUAAAAUGUAUCCCAAUUGUUUCCAGCUUUGUCAAUGAAUAUUAAUAAUUUACAACAAUACCCCCAAAUGUCAAUAAGAUGUUAGUGUAGAACUGAGGCCCCCCCCCCCCCAUAGACUUUUCUUUCUAAGCUUUGUUUAGAGUGAUAAUUUGCUUGAGUACCCUAGCCUUUUUAUACUUGUAUGAUACCAUAGUAUGUGAUGCCUUCAUCUUAGCUUUUUCUAAGAAAAAAUAUUUUACAAUAAAAGAUUGAAACUAUCUUAUUUUCUUCAAAAGGAAAGUAAGAAAGUGGUGGAACCCCCCUACCCCCACUUUCUUUACUGUACUACAAAAAAUUGAUAACAAAUUUAUUUAAUGAAAACAACCAGGUAUGUGCCCUAAUGCUGGUAAAAUCUUAGUGUGAAACCCCAUCCUCGCAUAUACCCCCAUGGGAGGUCCUGGGGUGCCCGUUAAUUCCCCGCUCUUUGUAAGUCUUUUUUUAAAGAAAACAACCUACAAUAUUCAAUUAGUGAGAACUGGUGAGUUUGACCCCCCCAUUGAAAAAUCGUGGCUAUGCCCGUGUACCCUGGGAAAACGUCAUAGGAAAAUUAACAAGUAGAUAUUUGGGAAAUAAAUACCGACAUGGCAAGGGUAUCAAGCACGUGAUCACUUUUACUGUAGAAUCGUGCAUAUAUCCUUGAAAAAUGAGAACAGUGACUUGCAGAAACACUGAAUCACUUAGUGAUAGGAAAUUUAAAUCGUAGAUAGUUAAGAAUAAAAUAUAUACAUGGCAAGGCUAUUAAGCCGGAGAUCCCUUUUAUACGAUUUUAGCAUAAAGUAGGUGGUUCAAAGUGUAUUGUAAUUUAUUUUAAAAUAGUUGUGAAAUAGUUAGUUAGCUUGGUAGGUUUAUAAAAGAUGAUCUAAUGGAAG